GCUCAGUCCUGGAGGUUGGGGAGGAUUUGUUGCGGGUAGCUGGGAGUGCGCUGCUCCCCUCGGAGCGUGUUCGCCCAACCUGCAGCUGGCCAGAGCGGAGCGCACACAGAAGAGGAGAGGGGGGAGUGGACCUGUCUCUCUUACGACCGAGCUGGCGGCCAUAGAUAAGUCGCAUUGUUAUUUUUGUUCUGUGGAGCAGCGGCGGAGGAGCAUCCUUUAGAAGAAAGUCGGUGCUCGUGUGUGGCCAUGCGGGAGCGGAGAAGUGAUGCUGCUGAGUUUAGUCAUUAGGUACCUCCUCCGGGGCGAUGCUGCUGCCGCCGCCGCUGCCGCUGCCGCUGCUGCUGACCCCCCAGCUGAUUUAGCCAUCUGUGAGUGACAUCAAAGUUUUUCGGGCUUAUUUUUACGCGCUUGAGAUAUUCACUAAGUCUUUGUCCCUAAAAAAAAAAAAUUAUGUUUCCGUUUCUUUUGUAAAACAAAACAAAAAAAACCCGCGCCCGCUUAAAUGUCCGGACAUUUGGUUUAAACGAGCAGAAGAGUCUGAAGAUCCCAAGGAUCUGGAUAAGAAGAGUGUGGAGAUGAACUUUGGAAAUUCCCUGCUCGUGAUUAUUUCCGCCGUGACCAUUGCUUCAGGGUCCCGAGCACGAUUUGAAGACGGCGCUCCUCGAAUAGUGGAGCACCCCUCCGAUUUGAUCGUCUCCAAGGGGGAGCCUGCCACCCUCAACUGCAAGGCGGAGGGCCGACCCUCUCCCAGCAUAGAGUGGUACAAAGAUGGGGAGCGCGUGGAGACGGACAGGGACGACCCCCGGUCCCACCGCAUGCUCCUGCCCAGCGGGUCGCUCUUCUUCCUGCGCAUCGUUCACGGACGCAGGAGCAAACCGGACGAGGGCAUCUACACCUGCGUGGCCCGCAACCUGCUGGGAGAGGCCAUCAGCCGGAACGCGUCGCUGGAAGUCGCUGUCCUGAGGGAUGAUUUCCGGCAGGCCCCUAGUGACGUGGUGGUGGCUGCUGGAGAGCCCGCGGUGUUGGAGUGCGUGCCUCCACGGGGUCAUCCCGAGCCCUCCGUCUUCUGGAAACGCAACAACGUCCGGGUCAGCACCAAAGAUGACCGCAUUUCAAUGCGAGGGGGCAAGCUGAUGAUCUCCCCCACCAGGAAGAGUGAUGCUGGCAUGUACGUCUGUGUGGGGACCAACAUGGUCGGAGAGAGGGACAGCGAUCCUGCCGAGCUGGUCGUUUACGAACGUCCGGUGUUGGUACGGAGGCCGGUGAAUCAGGUGGUCAUGGAGGAAGAAACAGUGGACUUCCUAUGUGAGGUCCACGGGGAUCCUGCUCCCACCUUGCGAUGGCGGCGAGAGGAAGGAGAACUUCCUCGCGGAAGGUUUGAAAUCCGCAACGGCAACAACCUGCGCUUGUUCCGCGUGAAAGAGCAGGAUGAAGGGACGUAUACCUGCACAUCUGAGAACAGUGUGGGCAAGACUGAGGCUUCCGCCAUGCUGCAGGUCCAUGUGCCUCCUCAGAUUACUGCAAAGCCCAGAGACCAGAUUGCUGCCCAAGGGAGGAGCAUAACCUUCCAAUGUGGCACCACGGGAAACCCUCCACCUGCCAUAUUCUGGCAGAAAGAGGGCAGCCAGAUGCUGCUGUUCCCUGGUCAGCCGCCGUCGCAGUCUGGACGGUACUCUGUCUCCAUGAGCGGCGAGCUGAUCAUCACGGACGUCCACCCCGAGGACUCAGGCUUUUAUGUCUGCCAGGCCAUCAGCGUGGCAGGAAGUGUGCUGACAAAGGCCCUGCUGGAGGUGGAAGGAGGUCCUUCGGGUCGUGUCCCACCGAUCAUCCGGCAGGGCCCGGCCAACCAGACCGUGUCUCGGGGGGCGACGGCACAGCUGCACUGCCGUUUAGUCGGAGGCACCUCAGUCAAGAUCUCUUGGGAGAAAGAUGGAGAGAAGCUGCAGGGAAAUAAACCUCGAGUGACCUUGAUGGAGAACGGCACGUUGCAAAUUACAGAUCUAAAGGACACCGACUCGGGGAUGUACACGUGCGUUGCGUCCGCUCCCACGGGGGAAUCGAGCUGGAGCGGCAUGUUGACUGUCAGAGAGGAUGCAACGUCUUCUGGAUCCAGAGCCUCGGAGUUCAUCCAGCUCCCGGGACCGCCGCAGAAGCCUGUAGUGACCGAGGUGACCAAGAACACGGUGACGCUUACAUGGCAGUCCAAUCCACACGAAGGUGGAGAUGCUGUCACCUCCUACGUUAUCGAGGCCUUUAGCCAGUCAGUGGGCAGCACCUGGCAAACUGUAGCAGACCAUGUGAAACAUGAACGGCACACAGUUGUUGGACUUUUCCCGAACACGGUUUAUCUCUUUAUAGUCCGGGCAGUCAACUCUUACGGCCUCAGCGAUCCCAGUCCAAUCUCUGAGCCGGUCCGGACCCAGGAUGGGAGUCCAACAGAGCAGGGCGUGGACCACAGGCAGGUUCAGAGAGAGCUGGGGGAAGUUUCUGUUUACUUGCAGAAGCCCGUUGUUCUGUCUCCCACCAGCGCCAGGAUUUCCUGGACUGUUGCCCGUCAGUCGCGGUACAUCCAGGGUUACCGCCUAUUUUACCGGAUGAUCGGCGGCUCCUGGCUGGUCCGCGAUGUAGAAGCAACGUCCGACUACGGUGCAGUCUUAGCGGAUCUCCAAAGCAAGAAGGAGUAUGAAGUCAAGAUACGCCCCUACUUCAACGAGCUGCAGGGCCAUGACAGUCUCAUGGUCCUGGUGCGGACCCCUGAGGAGGUGUUAAGUGGUCCUCCACAGGCUGUUUCAGUGGUCCAGCUCACCAACAGCUCUAGCAUCAGCGUCUCCUGGGAGCCGCCACCUCAUAACGUUCAGACCAGCACCAUCCUGGAGUACAAGGUCUGGUGUUUGUCCGGCGACGCGGAGAGCCAGAUAAACCGAACCGUGGACGGGUCCGUUCUGUCCAUCCUGCUGACGGCUCUGCUGCCUGACAUCCAGUACACGGUGGCGGUGGCUGCUGUCACCAGUCUGGGUGUGGGCGCUCUGAGUCCGCCUGUCAGCCUGCUUCUCACGCAAGCAGUGGAGGUAAAGAAAGGCAGCAAGCUCAGCAUAGCAGAGCAGAUCGCCAGCUUUAUCCGGCAGCCGGCCUUCAUCGCAGGCCUGGGCGUGGCCGCCUGGCUGGUGCUGAUGGGCGUCAGCGGGUGGCUGUACUGCCGGCACCGCCGGAGGAAGCAGCUUGGACACUACACCACAUCCUUCGCGUACACGCCGGCAGUUGGCUUUGCUCACGGUGAAGGAUCUGGAAUCAUCAAUGGAGGGCCUGGCUUGUUGGGGUCAAAUAUGGGCAAUUAUCCCUGGCUGGCAGACUCCUGGCCCACUCCGAACCUCACCCACAGCAAAGACUUUGUCAACUGCUGCUCUGGAAAACUGGACUCUGACAGAUAUUAUAACGCCGUCGGGAUCAUCAACUACCCCAGUCAGACAGAGAAGCGCAGCACGGCGUCCAACGACAGUCCCAUUUACAGCACCAUCAACACAGCGGUGGAGGACGACCUGCUGGCUUACUAUGACACCUACUCCAGCGUGUCCUACAACCAAGGUCCAGACCCCUACAGCAGCAACCCAGUGCUGUCAAACACUGGGGUUAUGGGUCUGGAGCAGGACCUAGAUCGCUGGACCAUCCAGUCUGGUCAGUCUGGGUCAGAAUAUGCCAAGCUCCAGUAUGCCAAGAAAAGCAGCGACAAAUUGGCUCCACAAGCGUCGGCUGGAACGCUGUCCAGGUCAGCUCCCCUCACCUGGGUGGAUGUUUUAUCGCUGCCUCUGUCUCCCAACAGAGACAGAGGACACCUAAAAUCAGACAAGGAGGACGCACAGCACAGCUGCGGGGAGGAAGAUGAUGAUUGGUGUCCUCCGCUGCCGGCCAGGACCUACCUGAUGGACGCUUCCAGGGAGGAGGUGUCCGGCUUGCCGUCCAAACCAGGGGAACUGAUGUCUUCCCCUCAGCGCGAUGCACCAAAGCCCAGCGACAGUCCGCGCCUUCAACAUUUUGACCUCCUGAUCCGCCACCAGGAGAACUCCCAGGUGUCCCAGUCCAACCCUGAUCUGUUUGCAAACGCCAAGGCCCUGGACGCCAGUGAUUUAUACAACUCCAGCCAGUGGGUGGAUCAUUUCAGGGGAGAAAGCCUCAACAGAGGACAAUCUCCAGCUGCGGCUGCAGAGUCCAGCCCCGCAGCUCCGGCACACAGGUCCAAGAGUAAGAAGAGAGCGCCAAAGGACGGACAGAACCGGAGAGAGAAGCACAGAGACGCAGCAGACCUCCCUCCUCCGCCGACCCCUCCGGCCACAGACGGCUCCCUGCAGCUCUUUGUGGACGUUCCGAGUCGCAGGCGAACGGACGGCGAAACGAGAGAGGGGAGCGACAUGCCCACUCUUCCGAAGCGAGCAGACGAUAUCUCGCCGCAGAGGGGGGGACUUGCAAAGUGGUUACCACAAGCAGAUGAGAAUGUAAUCCCACACAGACAGCCGAACCCACUGUCCAAGGUCCAGACGUCGGGCUACGGGUCCCUCGGGGGACGGGUGUUUCCUCAGCCCUCCGCCGCUGCUCAGAGGAGAGAUGAGAAUCUCACAUAGACAGCAGCCGAUUACGUGAUGUGACAUCCUCCUCUUUUCCUCCCCUACUUCCUGUCUUCGCGAACCAUCAAUCUGUUGCCAUGGCAUCCCGUGAAAAGCUGAAGACAAAAGGAAAAGCGUCAAGGCUUGCCAUCUGCCUUUUCACGAGCUAUUCGUAUUCUCUUUUUAUUUUACUUUAAUGAGAUUCUUUUUUGUUUGUUUUUUCUGGUGUGUGAUUUCUCUCACUCCCUCCUCUGUGUAUAAAGACAUCCUCAGUGUAAUUUUUUUUUAAAAGGAUGUGAUCAGAUAUAUUGCUAAAAAGGGAUCUGGGUGGGGGAAAGUGUGGUAUUUUUAGGCUAAAGGGAAAAUAAAUGUAAGUAUUGCAUUGUUGUACAGCAGAUUAAUGAAUGUAUCUUUUGUUUACUCCUGAUGAAACUAUGAUUCUGUGUCUUUGAUGAACGACGGGGGGGAAACGGACAUGGAGCUAAAUCUAAAGAUGUUGGUGUGGCUGUGUGUCAGUGUUUUUAAUUUCACUUUCCUGUGUGGCUGUAUAAACCGUGUUAGAUCACCAGUGUGUUCAUUUCUAAAUCUGAGAAAUAAAAGGCUUUGUUACAUAAA